GACACAAGGAACCUGUCCUGCUAAGAUGCGCUCACAAUCUUUAGUUAUACUUUUCUGGGCAAUAUUCUGCGGUGAAGUAGUCGUCCCACGGAAAAUAAGAAGAUCUCGUGAAAGCGCCAGUGAUAGUGACAGUGAUAGCGAUAGUGACAGCGACAGUGAUAGUGACUGUGAUAGUGAUAGUGAAAGUAGUGACGACAUAAGUGAUAUACACGACAAUCAACAUGGAAUGUCAAUUAAUGUGGCCUAUAGCACUGCUCCACCUCCCACGCAUAAACGUCAUAAACGAACCAAAUACGUGAAGUUCAUAACUCUUCCUCCGCCUGUCCCGAUAUUCACGACGGCCCCUCCUGACUCUACGCUACCACGAGGACCUUACUUCGGCUUUCUAAGGAAUAUUUGUAAUGCACUGCUCUCCCCUAAGUUUAACGUUAAAUACCUCGGAAAUUAUUAUCAUAUACUCGGCAAAAGUCUCAGAGGAUUCGGCAUUAAUUUUAUACAAAAAUUAUGGAUAAGAAGAUUCCGAAGAAAACUGGAAAAAUACUCUAUUUAUAACAGAAGGACUCUGAAAUCGAAAGCACAGGCAUUUCUGGACUUCAUAUCUGAUGAAAAACCUAAAAAGAUUGCAUACUUCGAGGCCAUGGAUGCUAUUUAUACAAUAGACGAUGAUAGGAAAAUGGAUGAUUAUGUAUAUUUACUCAAAAAUUAUGGGAAAGGAGUUAUUAGACACAUAAAAGAUAAAACAAGACGCAUAUUCGAGCGUAUUAUUUUCGGCAGAUUUGACCGACUAGAUAAAGGCGUCCAAGGAAAAAUCGAACUAAAAUUUAAAUCAGCUUUAGUCGAAUACUGGGAGAACAGACUUAAUAGGACAUCUAAUUAUAAUUCCACACUGGGCCAUCUGUUUAAUUUCACAUUCAAUCUACCGCGAAAUUGAUUUAGUCUUUCUACAUCAC